GUGCUGCUCGUGAUCCCCACGGCCAACGCACACAAGACGCGGAUGCUGGUCGCGGGGUUCGCACAGCAGAACGAGGCCCGAGGAGCCGCAGCAAGGGGCGUGCAAGUGCACGCGCACACGGUGGUGGCGUCGUCGGGCGUGGGCGAGCAGCCGUACGACGACGCCGGCGUGCAGGGCGCGCGCGGCCGCAUCAACAAUGCGCUGUGUGCGCUCGCCGCCGACGCCGAGACCUCGCGUGCCCUGCUCACCGAGAAUCGCAUCGGCACCAUCUUUGUGGCCGCCAUUGAGAACUACAUUGACACGGAGGCCGGAGCGGACAAGACAACAACGGGCGCCAACCCCCGGCCCACCGACUACGCCGUCGUUGUCGUGCACAACGCCACCACGGGCCAGACAGCCGCUGGCCUGUCGGGCGGAACCACGGUGCCCAGGCGCUACUUUGACUAUGCGCGGACGCUGGGGUUCGAUGACGCCGCCGCCAAGCACGGCAAGGUCACCGUCGGAGAGGUCCUCGCGUCCAACGUGCCCGGCAUCGACAAGGCCAACUGGCACAUCGUGGUUGCGGGUAAGUCGCGCUACGACUUGAUCGUCGAGACGAUCGAGAGGCUGCAGAUUCCGUGGUGA